AUGGCGCCGUCUUUCCUCACCGUUCAUUUCGAUGAGCAGAAUCCCAAUUCAGAAAAGGGCAAGGAGGCCGGUGCACGUCGGUCCCUGUCUGGACUCGACUACUCGCCUCUACCUCGCAUCACAGGACGAUCGUUCCUCCUAGCCACCUUUGUAUCCAUGGGUGGUCUUCUUUUCGGUUAUGACACAGGUCAAAUCUCAGGCUUCCUCGAGAUGCCAGACUUUCUCGACCGCUUCGGCGAGACGAACAGUAACGGAGAGAAAGAGUUCGGCACUGUUCGAUCUGGCUUGAUUGUUGCGCUUUUGUCUAUCGGUACCCUCAUUGGUGCCCUUGUUGCAGCGCCUGUGUCGGAUCGCAUUGGUCGCAAGUUUAGUAUUUCGGGAUGGACCUGGAUCAUUGCGAUUGGUUUCAUUAUUCAGAUUUCGUCGAACCACAACUGGGUUCAGAUCAUGAUGGGCCGAUGGGUCGCUGGAUUGGGCGUGGGCGCCUUGUCUUUGCUGGUUCCUAUGUUUCAAGCUGAGACAAUGGGUAUCUUCCUGGCUGCCUGCAUUAACUACGGCACAGUCACCCACCACCCCAACAGCUCCGCAUCAUGGCGCAUCGUCAUCGGCGUUGGCUGGGCCUUCACUCUUAUCCUCGGAAUCGGCAUCCUCUUUCUGCCCGAUACGCCCCGAUUUGACUACCGCAAGGGUAAAAUCGACCGCGCCCGUGAUACCCUCUGCAAGGUCUACGGCGCCACGCCAAACCACUGGUCCAUCCACACCCAGAUGGAGGAGAUUGAAAGUAAGCUCCGCGCCGAGAGCCAGAUCAAGGGCAACCCCGCCAAGGAGUUCGUGCAGAUGUUCAAGGCUCCUCGUAUGGCGUACCGCAUUUUCCUCGGAAUGGCUCUGCAGAUGUUUCAGCAGCUGACUGGUGCUAACUACUUCUUCUACUACGGCACGACCAUCUUCCGCUCUGUGUCAAUUGACAGCUACAAGACCCAAAUCAUCCUCAACACAAUCAACUUCCUCGUCACUUUCAUCGGUCUGUACAUUGUUGAGCACUACGGUCGACGAAAGUCUCUUAUCGCAGGAAGCACCUGGAUGUUCAUCUGCUUCCUUAUCUUUGCAUCUGUUGGGCACUUCGCGCUUGACCAAGACAACCCUCAGUCUACUCAAAGUGCCGGCAUUGCCCUGAUCGUUUUUGCCUGUCUUUUCAUUCUCGGUUUCGCUACCACCUGGGGACCUAUGAUCUGGACUAUCAUGGCCGAGAUCUUCCCCUCGCGAUACCGAGCCAAGGGUAUGGCUUUGGCGACUGCAAGCAACUGGCUGUGGAAUUUCCUCCUCGCAUUCUUCACACCCUUCAUCACCGCCGAUAUUGACUUCCGCUAUGGUUACGUCUUUGCAGGCUGCAAUCUCCUCGGAGGAAUCAUCGUCUACUUUUUUGUCAUCGAGGGACAGGGCCGCACGCUUGAGGAGAUCGAUACCAUGUAUCUUGAGCGGGUGAACCCCAUCAAGAGUGCCAAGUGGGUACCGCCUCCACCUGAGGAGAUGUCGCGAAUCCGCAAGGAGGCUGGUCUUGAUAUUGAGGGAGCCGCGCAGCAACAAGCUGGCUCAAGUGACGAUGAGACUUUGGCUCGACCUUCUGGUGUUACCGACGCAGGUCAUGGACAUAGAAAGGAGGAGCAGGCUGGUACCAUUCACCACGAGUAG